GCUCUCCGCGAAAAGUUCGUCCGUCCGCGAAAUUUGCCUCCCCAAAAACGCGGGGUACGGAUCUGCGCGCCGAUUCUUGUAAGAGGUAAUUGGUGGAAAAUGCGCGAAGGUUUUUUGAACUUUUCGCCGGUGAAAAGAUUUCGAUUUUCGUAUUUUAGUCGCGCUUUUUUUUUAAUUCGUCUCGCAGCUGCAGGACGUAAAUCUUUUACGCAUGUCCGGAGAGGUCUCCACGAGAGCGUGUGUUUUCCUCUAAGAUUUUCAGUUAUCGCAUCCGUCUUCUUCGGGCUCGGUUUUGUUUUGGAAACCCCCUGGUGCGUCUCGGCCGAUUUUUGGAACACCCCGCACGUUCGCGCCCCGACGUUUUUGGCGAUAAUGACAUAAUUCGAAAAAAUUACAAUGUGCGAUUGUCCAACUGCUGGUGUUAUUACAACCCACGAAACUCGCAAGAGUUGGAUUAUUUUUAACGAAAAUACUACACAUAUCGGUAGUAGAAGCACGGUACAAACAGAAGUACAAAAUUCAAUUCCCCCCGAAGCGCCGGACUCGCCCGAUCCGAACCUCGACAACAUGUACCUACUCCUGGAUCCGCAUCUUCGCCCCGCCACGCCCGACUUGGACGAUCCCAGUUCCGUCUCGCUAUUCGAGGAACACAAACAAUUAGCUCAGGAAUAUCUUAAGGUACAAACGGAACUAGCGUAUUUAUCACAGCGAAAGACGAAACUACAGGAAACACAAAGUUUAGAGCAACAGAGACAGAGAAAGACAAUAGAACAGUUACAAAGUGAGAAGCAGGCCCUAAUAUUGCUUAAGAAAAGCUUAGAGAAACAGAAAGAGUUACUUACCGCCAAUAUCGGUCGGCCGCCGUCUGACGGUUGGGUUUUAGUGCCACGAAGUGACGAAAGUGAACUUUAGGCGUUUGGUUCGUUUUUACUUAUUUUAACUCUGUGUUAUUAUUUUUAUUUUUUUUUAAUCUAGUUUUUUAAACAUAUCACUGUACAUAUAUGUUUUUAAUAUGACAAAUUUUAAAUGUCUUGGGUUUGUUUCAAUGCAAACAUGCAAGAAAUAAAGUUUUUAUAAUGUUUGA